AUGCUUAGUCUACAAAGAAACUUACCUAGAAUUGUAAGUUUACUGAAUAGGGUGAUCGUCACACAAUGCUACAACUAUUCAAAAAUAGCCACACCUAAUAGGAAACCGAAAGGAGAAGAAAAAAUUGCCAAUUUACUCAGGCAUUUCAAAAAGACAAAACGAAGAAAUGAUUUAACUGACCCCACUCAUCCUAGUAAGAUAACGUACCGUGAAAUCAAUGAUUUUUUACAACAAUAUUCUCAAAGUCAUAAGUUAGAGAUUCAAACGGAUAAUAUACGUAAUUCACUUGAUAUAAUCAAGAACUUCUUACCCCAUCAAAGAACUCAGGAUACAAUACUAGACAAUGUUAAAAUCAGAGCCAUGACUUCUCUGGGUGAAGGGUUAGCUAUAGUUCCUAAGUCCAUGUAUGCCCACAACUUUGUGGCUGAUCCUGAAGAAAUCUUGAACCAGUACACAGUAUUGAUAAUACCCAAGACAGUUAUCGGAGACAAUACCAAAGUAUUACUUAAAAUGCAUCAUGAGUUUUAUGCCGAAGGUGAGCUUAUUGAAGUGCUCAAUUCUAAGUCUAAAGAAUCCAGAAGAAACGAUAUGCUCAUAGUAUGCGAAAAGUUCAAUGAAUGUAACGGAUGCCAAUUACAAAUGUUGUCAUAUGAGGAUCAAUUGAAGUAUAAACAAUCAGUGAUCCAAAGAGCAUAUAAAUAUUUUUAUCCUCAGAUUUUCAACCUGUUCAACGACAUCGAUAAUUUUGGUGUUGUUAAUGAGUCGCCUUUACAGUACACUUAUAGAACAAAAUUGACUCCACAUUUUGCUGUAUCCAAAAAAGUUAACCAGAAACUUGGUUUCCAGCAUGUUAAUAAUCGAGAAAGAUUAGAUGUAAGCAAUUGUCCCAUUGCCACACCAGAAAUAAAUGAUAAAUUGUUAGAGUCAAGAGAGAAAUACAUUGGAAAAUCAACACCUUUGACACAGCUAACGUUAAGACAGAGCCUCCGUAUCAAUCAUGACACUGGUGCCUUCAAGUCAGUAGCGUUAGAGGGACAAAAAAAAGUUGUCACAGAAAAAGUCGAGGACUUUUUAUUUCAAUAUGACUCCAAUUGUUUUUUCCAAAAUAAUAAUGCAAUUUUGCCCAGUGUUUUGGAUUAUAUCAGAUACCAUAUCAAUCAAUCUGAUAAAACAAUUGACAAUUUGAUUGACACAUAUUGUGGCGUUGGGUUUUUUGGGAUUGCUUUGUCUAAAUCAUUCAAUGAAAACACCAAGAUUUUUGGUAUAGAGCUAGUUGAACAAGCAAUUAAAUACGCUAACCAUAAUGCUAAAUUGAAUGGGUUGGAUCCUGAAAGAGUCCAAUUCGUUUCUGGGGAUGCUUCAAACAUAUUUAACAAUGACAAAUUCAAAAAAUCGGGAAUUUCUGGUAAAAAUAGUGUUGUAAUUGUCGACCCUUCGAGAAAGGGAUCUAAUGAAUCAUUUUUGCAGCAGUUGUUAAAUUUUGAACCAGAAAUUGUUGUCUACGUCAGCUGUAAUGUUUUUUCACAGGCCAGGGACUUGGCUACAUUUGAGAAUCUCCAACAGCAUACCAAUGUAAAAUAUAAAGUUAAAGAUGUAAUGGGAUUUGACUUUUUCCCGCAAACAAAACACGUUGAAUCCAUUGCCAUUCUUGAAAAAGUAUAA